AUGCCCCAAGUCUCUUCGAAUCCUCCUGCAGGCCCGAUAACGUUCAACUACAACAUCUCGACACCGUCAUGUCCUUCAGCCAAGUCCAUCGACCCUUCCCUUCCGACACUCCUCAUGCUCCAUCCCAUCUACAUGGAGCAUCAUAUCUGGCAUCCGCAAUUGGCGGAUCCUCAGCUUAGAAGAUUCAACAUCGUCGUCCUGGACUCGCGAGGUCACGGUCGCACAGGCGGCGAUGUUCCCACCGACUACAGGAGACCAGAGGCAGGGGAAGAUGUUUACCACUUCAUGGAAGCCCUCAAGCUCCCACCGGUGCAUCUGGUGGGACUUUCCAUGGGCGCGUGCGUCGCGUUACAGGUCGCUGUCACGCACCCCGAGAAGGUCCUUUCGUUGACAAUGGUGGCGCCAUUACCAUUGAACGAGCCUGCCGAGGUCCUGGAAGGUCGCCAGGAGAUCUACGACUGCUGGGAAGCAGCUGUAUCAGAUCCCGAGAAGGUGGACGAAGACGCACUUCUUCACACCGCUUAUGGGGCCGUAGAACUGGGAUGCAAUGGGCAGAAGUCUAAGCUUAUCGACGUGAUGCUCCAGAUUAUAAUCCCUUUUGGCCUUCGAAAUUGGCGCCAUGACAAAAUCGAGCAACUUCAUACGUUGUCUGUCAAGUUUUUCAGUGACCGAAAGCCCCACUCUACGAAACUCUUGCAACGCAUCCAAUGCCCAAUCACUCUCGUCCACUGCGGUGCUGAUAUUGCCUAUCCCAUUGAACUCGCCGAAGAGAUUCGUGAUCGCAUGGAGGAAGCCGGGUUGACCGUCAACCUCGUGGAUGUUCCUGGCGCCCCGCAUUUUGGAACUCUCAGUCAUUAUUUUGAUAUCAACCCAAUCAUCCACGACUUCGUCGCGCAACAAACAAAAACCCCAGUGCCCCCGGCAUUGCCUUCCGUCGUCUCGCCCUUCGAAGACGAGUUCGCUGCUGCUGGAUGCCCUAAUCUGGGUGUUGGGCUUGACGACUCGGAUUCUGACGAAGAAUUCUUUUAGGUGGUUCUUCGCCUUCCUUGCUCUCUUCGGUUAUGUCCUUGCCCUGUGUAUUGAAGCCGUGCGCGUGUGGUACUGCAUGGACAUUUGUGUAUAAAAGCUGUAAACCAAAAAAUAGGUUGUAUUAGAUAUGGCUAUGUAGAUUAGUAUAUGUACUCAAUAUCGGGAUACCCUCUCAU